GAAACGACGCGCUUGACGUCAUUGGUCACGUGAUUUUGGAGAGAACGAAUCAAACUUCACUGUAAAGUCGGUUCAGUUCUCUUCCGGUCUCGCGCCUCCUCGGGAGUUGUCUGUGUCGCGGGGCAACAGCAUCGUCACCAUAGUUUCUCCUUCUUCAUCUUCUUGUUCCCUCGGUUAUUCCCUCUUAUCGCAGCGGGACCGGGACCGGGACAGGUGACGCGCUAACCACCCGGAAGUGACGAGCACCGUAACGCGUAUUAGCCGCCGGUGAAUCCGCGUUAGCCUCAAACGAUCCGACAUGACCCAACAAGCCGCUGCGCUGCAGACCUACAACAACGAGCUGGUCAAAUGUAUCGAGGACCUGUGCUCUAAGCGGGAGGAGCUGAGCCGUCAGAUCACGCAGGAGGACGAGGAGAAGGAGCGACUGCAGCGCGACAUCCGCGUCCUGUCGGAGAAGCUGAGCAGAGUCAACGAGAGCCUGGCGCAGAAACUCUCGGCCCGCGCCACGUUCGACCGCACCAUCGCCGAGACAGAGGCCGCGUACACCAAGAUCCUGGAGAGUUCCCAGUCUCUCCUCAGCGUCCUGAAGCAGGAGGCUGGAAACCUCAGUAAAGCCACAGAGCCGCGGAGGAAGGAGCACUGAUGUCAAAGGACUAGUCGUUCACUUUGACCACAGCACUUUUUUUAUACCCUUUCCUAUCCUCAACUCUGGACUACUUGUUUGUUUGAUUCAUGUUGUACAUUGAAACUUUGAUUCCAAUAAAUGUCUUUUUCUUAUCACUCCCAUGA